UCAGCGCGCAGGUCCGCGGGGAGGGGCGGCCUGCUACAGGGCCCACCCCAGGGCGUUCCUGAAGGGCGCCCUCGGCCGCCCCCACCGCCCCCUAGAUGUACUAUGCGGUUUCCCAGGCGCGCGUGAAGGCGGCCCCCGCGACCAUGCUGCGGCCACAGCGGCCGGGAGACGUGCAGCUUGGGGCCUCCCUGUACGAGCUCGUGGGCUACCGGCAGCAGCCCUCCGCCUCCUGCACCUCCUCCUCCUCCACGACGGCCCCCCUCCUCCCCAAGGCGGCGCGCGAGAAGCCGGAGGCGCCCGCCGAGCCGCCCGGCACGGGAUCCGGGUCCGGGGCGCACGCGGGCGGCGGCUCCCGGGCGGACGCCAAAGAGGAGCAGCAACAGCAGCUGCGGCGCAAGAUCAACAGCCGCGAGCGGAAGCGCAUGCAGGACCUGAACCUGGCCAUGGACGCGCUGCGCGAGGUCAUCCUGCCCUACUCGGCCGCGCACUGCCAGGGCGCGCCGGGCCGCAAGCUCUCCAAGAUCGCUACGCUACUGCUCGCCCGCAACUACAUCCUGCUGCUGGGCAGCUCGCUGCAGGAGCUGCGCCGCGCGCUCGGCGAGGGCACAGGGCCCGCUGCUCCGCGCCUGCUGCUGGCCGGCCUGCCCCUGCUCGCCGCCGCACCCGGCUCCGUGCUGCUGGCGCCUGGCGCCAUGGGGCCCCCCGACGCGCUGCGCCCAGCCAAGUACCUGUCGCUGGCGCUCGAUGAGCCGCCGUGCGGCCAGUUCGCGCUCCCCGGCGGCGGCGCGGGCAGCGGCGCGGGCGGCCCCGGCCUCUGCACCUGCGCCGUCUGCAAGUUCCCGCACCUCGUCCCGGCCGGCCUAGGCCUGGCCGCCGUGCAGGCGCAGUUCUCCAAGUGA